GACAGUGAUCUGAAAAAACUGUGCACAGUUUUACACAAAAUAGCAGUGACAUACUGCCCCCUAUUGGUCAAUAUAUAUAUGUUGUUGUUUUUUUUGUUUUUUUUUACUGAAAUACACACUGACCAUUUUUUCUUUGGACCAAUCAUCUUAUACACAUUUUAUUCUGUUGCAGGCAUCCUUUUAAGCAUUCACAAGUGCUUUAAAAAAGUUCAUAUGACGAAUAUUAGAUUGAGCAAAAAAGACUUCGAUAGAAUUACUCCAUCCUGCAAACCUUACAACGGGACAAAGUACAGCCUCAUUAAGAAGAAUGAAGAAUGGCAUUGUGACCCAUAUAUGACACAAGGAAACAUUACUUUCCCCAACUAUAAUGGCAACGGCAGCAGCAUAGAAAAUGCAGUAAAUAUCAUGAAUAAUUUAGCAGACCUGGUGGAAAUGAUGCAGAGUUACACCGCUUUCUUUACAAUAGGAAAUAUUAAAGGAGCGAUCACUAAACUCCCCCGCACAAAUCCAACCAACAUCAUCUUUGGCAUUACAACGAAAAGAGAUAUGAAUAUUCACCACAACACCACAGAUUUGUCGACAGACUUCUCACAACUUGUGUGCUUCCCUAAAGACGCAAGCGACAUGGCAAUAAAAAAAAAUGGCACAUUUGCUGCAGUUCUGCUCUUUCCAGGAGUGCAUCAGGAUCAGGACCCCAACAGUGAUAUUCUCAACAAUGAGAUGAUGGGAAUUGACAUGGGAGCAGAAAUAUCCAAUCUCUCACAUACCAUAGACAUUCAUUACAAAAAUGUGACCAAGAACGGACUCACCGCUUCUUGUAGGUCAUGGGAUGGAAAAGGAAAAGAACAGAACUGGGUCACAGAUGGCUGUGAGACACGUGAGACAGAUGACGGCAUCUUAUGCCACUGCUCUCAUCUAACAUUUUUUGCAGUACUGAUGUCACCUCCACCUCAGAACAUAAGUGCUUCAGAUUUUACAGCUUUGACCUACAUCACAUCAAUCGGCUGUGGAUUGUCAAUGCUUUUCUUGGCAGUGGGUCUCUUCAUGCAUUGUCUUCUCAGAAAAGGGAAAGCAAGCCAAUCAACUAAGGUUCUGAUCAACCUCUUCGUUGCCAUGUUCAACCUGAACUUGUCUUUCCUGAUAAAUAAGACCAUUGCCGACCUAGGGAACUUGGGUGCAUGUGUGGCGAUGGCGGCAUUUAUGCACUACACUCUGUUGGCCACUUUUACCUGGUUUUUCAUGGUGGCUCUACACGUGUACUUUAAUCUACGGAAGAUCCCUACUGAAGUCAAACAUUACAUGAUGAAGAUUUGUGUCGCAGGAUGGGUCACACCAUCUGUAGUUGUGAUUGCUCUUGCUGCCUCAGGAAAGUAUGAUUACUUGAUCCUUUCUGUCAAUGAUGGGAAUUCAGCAAGAAUGUGCUGGAUCUCUGAUGCUGUUCUCCACAAGUGGGUGAACAUUAGUUAUUAUGGUGUAGUAUUCAUCUUCACCAUUACUAUAUUCAUCAUAACGGUGUGGCAGAUUAUUGUCUUAAAGCCAACAGCAGUGAAAUCACCAGACGGCUCCACUACGGCGUACUCUUUUUCCAUCGUAAGCCUGUUCGUCCAACUCGGCAUCACUUGGGCUUUUGCUUUUUUCAGCCAUGGACCUAUGGUCAUAGCCUCCUACUACAUCUUCACCAUCCUCAACAGCUUUCAAGGUCUCUUCCUGUUCAUCUACUAUUACUGUUCCAGCAGGACAAGUGAACAAGACAGAAGCAGCACAGUCAGCAGUAGCAGCACAGCCACAUCAAACACAGUUAUUACUAGUCCCUAUCAAUGAAGUGUUUGUUGUGUACUUGCUUUCCAAACGAGUACAGAAAACGCUCCAAACUUAUUUUGACACAAGAGGGCAGCAUUUCAUUUGGUGUAGUCAAGUAGAGUCCUCAUUCUUCCUGACUCUCCCUCCCAUAAAAUUCUUCCUGACUGAAUGACUACCCUGAUCCGAGAUGGCUAAUCUGGAUUACCUUUAUUGAAAUCAAAUGACUCCCAAAUAAUCAAAUGAGCUGAGCACUGAUGGAGUAAUAUCUUUGAAGUAAUUUGUGUUUCAGUAGAAGAAGAAGCCCUGUCUGAUUUUACUGUGAAACUUUCAGAGAAGGUUGUGAUUCACUCAAAACACAUCACAGAUCUCCUAAAUCAAAUCUUCAGUCAUACACUGGAAUGCAGAGUGUAAAUGUUUAGGAAAGAAAAUAUUACCCUUUUAGGACUGAUGAGGUUGUCAAAUGAACUGAAGAUGGCAAAACUUAGAAAAACCAAGUUGAAAGGAAGUCUUGUCCCUCACAUACUUUAGAGUGUUGGGGGUCGAGCUAGCCAGCUAGUGCUUUGCGUGCCUGCAGAUAAUUACCUUAUGCCUACAGAGAGCAGUAUCCACUGUGCGGGGAGCCUUAACUGGCUAACAACAAGAAAUGAGCUCAUGGCUACCUAUAGUGAUAGUAGGCCCGAGGGUAUGUCAUUAUGUUAAAACUGCUCUCUGACUGUAUUUAACUAGCAUUUAUACCAUUUAAUACAUGUAUCUUAGAAAACUAUUUUAUGUUAAU